AUGGACGCUCAAUCAAAUGAAGCCUCAAGGUCGCAGUCAACGGGCUCCGCGACUCCAGCAACCCCCUCAACAAGUCAACCCAAGGUGCAACAACCCAAACCACAGGCCCUCGCGAACCGCCCUGGUCCAUCUGCGAUCCUCGUGUCGACACGACAGAAGGGCAAUCCAAUCCUAAAUCAUAUCAAACUUCUUCCAUGGGAAUAUGCAGACAUCCGAGCCGACUAUGUAGUUGGCGUGACAACAUGCGCCCUCUUUCUCUCGCUAAAAUACCACCGUCUCCACCCCGAAUAUAUUUACUCCCGAGUCCGAUUGUUAGCAGGCAAAUACAACCUACGCAUAGUGCUAGUCAUGGUCGACAUCCCAAACCACGAAGACCCACUAAAAGAACUCUCCAAAACAUCCAUCAUCAACAACCUCACCCUAAUCCUCUGCUGGUCCGCCCCCGAAGCAGCCCAAUACCUCGAGCUCUUCAAAUCAUCCGAAUACGCCCAACCGACCGCAAUUCGCUCCCAACAAGCUCAAACAUAUAAAGAAUCCAUCGAAGAAUUUGUCACAACCCCACGCGCGAUUAACAAGUCUGACACGGCAAGCUUGAUAUCUACAUUCGGCAGUCUUCAAAAUGCGGUCAAUGCGCAACCCGAGCAGAUCAGCGCGGUUCCGGGCUGGGGUGAGAAGAAGGUUCAACAAUGGUGCAGCGCCGUACGGGAAGAUUUCCGGGUUGGAAGUACGAAGAAAACAACUCUGCCUCGGACCCAGGCACCAAGCAAGCCAAAACCGCCAGUGGUACCGAGACCUCGUCAGUCCCAUCAAGACAUGGAUGAGGAUGAACAAAUUCUCCGAGCUGUUAUGGAAGAGAGCCGUAGGACAGCGGAGUUGGAAUCUUUAGCUGCCGCGCCUGCUCAGGAGUCUUCGAAGGAGAAACAGCCGGCUGAAGAGUUGAGUGAAGGUGUCAUGGCUGCAUUGGCUAAGCUGCGGGAUAACGGCGGAUGA